CUAGGACAGAUGGGUCCAAAUGCUGUGGUUCGGAAAUUGUAUUUUCAACUAUUUCUAGAAAAUGUAGUUAGCGCGGUUUAUCAAAAAAAGUCGUGUAUAACACGAACUAAAACAAACUAACCAAAAUACCUUGUAUUUUUAAAUUUAUAUGUAUAAAUGUGUGGAAAUGUGAAUAAAACUAAACGGUUGGACGAGGGAGUUGCAUUGAAAUAUUACGAAUUCAUCAUGAGGCUAUUCCAUCACAUCCGCAUUGGUGUUGUUUCAUUUUAUAUUCCAUUUUAAUUUUGCUAAAUUAGAUAUUGCUUCGACUUUUCGUUUAAAAGAUUUUACAGUAUGGCCUAUAUUCCCUGUGCCUGUCUCAUCAACAAAUCAAACUAAAAAAUGUCAAUGUACACUACACUGUCACUCAAAUAAAUUUCAAAUCAUUUUCAUCAUCCAAAUCUAAAUCUGAUUUGAGAUUUUUUUAGUUAACAAAGGAGAGCAGCAUACUGCAAAAUUAAAUAGCAACUCAUAAUUUAUGUGUUUGCAAAGGCUACUUACAUGUAACAAUAUAUUUUAAAUGUUAAUAAAAUUGCUUUUCAUUAGAAAAUAAUUUAGUCAAUACCAAACAUGGAAACAAAAAGUGAGAAAACAUCUAGUUCAAAUUUAUCAACUUCUACGGCUUUAGUAUUAGUUGUAUUUAUAUUUUUAUCUUCACUAUUAGCACUAGCACUCCUAUACAGACAAUUCCCGGAGUUAGAAGAACAUGAGCGACAGCAUUUACAUUUACCAUGGGACUUAGAGGAUGCUAAACAGUUGGGUCUUGUACUGGACAGAUACAAAGACAGAUAUUUUUAUGAAGUAUUAUUUGGAGUAUUUUUAGUUUAUAUAUUUUUGCAAACAUUUGCAAUACCUGGAUCUAUAUUUUUAAGUAUACUUUCAGGGUUUCUUUUUCCUUUUUAUUUCGCACUGGUAUUAGUUUGUUGCUGUUCAGCAAUUGGUGCAAGUCUAUGUUUCUUCUUGUCAAAUCUUCUUGGAAAGAAGCUUGUUAGAAAAUUCUUCCCAGAAAGAGCAGCAGAGUGGUCAAAGGCAGUGGCAAAACACAAGGACAAUUUGCUCAAUUAUAUUGUCUUUUUAAGAGUCACACCUUUUUUGCCUAACUGGUUUAUAAAUAUGUCUGCUCCAGUGAUUGGGGUGCCUUUGGUGCCAUUUGCAUUAGGAACAUUUAUUGGUGUGGCUCCACCAUCAUUUGUAGCAAUUCAAGCAGGACAAACCUUACAUACUUUGACAUCUACAAGUGAUGCUUGGUCGUGGACAUCUAUAACAGUACUCAGCGUUUUCGCACUAGUUUCCUUGAUUCCAGUAUUCUUAAAAGACAAACUUCGAGAAAAGUUUGACUAAGAUAUUUAUUUUAUUUAUGUAUUGCCAUGCUUUACAUUCCACAAAAUGUUGGUUUGGUUUAGUCAUUAAUGUUAUUAUUAGCAAUAUGAGCCUAUAUGGCCAAAGAAAGUAGUAUUGUCAACUGUAGGUUGUAUUUUUGGUCUCCAGUACCACCAAUUGUACCAUACUGAAAAGAAAAUACAUCGUAUUAAUAUCUGA